AAACUAUCGUAAAAUCGAUUACACGAAAAUAUAUAUCGAAGUUGAACGAACCCGAAUCGGUUGUUGUUUUGGACAAACAGAUCAAAUAAUAUGAAUUCCCUGGCCCGGCUUGGAAACUACGUUUGCCAAAGUGUGCAAAUAGCUGGAUGUGGCUUGCAGCAGGUGCGCACAAAAUACGCCGAUUGGCGUAUGAUACGUGAUGUGAAACGUCGCAAAUGUGUCAGUGAACAUGCCAAGGAUCGCUUGCGUGUGAAUUCGUUGCGCAAAAAUGAUAUUCUGCCCAUCGAGCUGCGCGAGGUGGCCGAUGCCGAGAUUGCCGCAUUUCCCAGAGAUUCAUCAUUGGUCCGUGUGCGAGAACGUUGCGCACUUACGUCACGACCCCGCGGUGUUGUGCACAAAUAUCGACUGAGUCGCAUCGUCUGGCGCCAUUUGGCCGACUACAAUAAGCUAUCCGGUGUGCAGCGUGCAAUGUGGUAGUUACUUAAGGCUCUGUUUCAUUUAGCAAUCGUUAAAUAAAUAUAUAAUUUCCAAGUGUAAUAA